AGAACACACAGGACAGCUGGCAGCACCCAGGACACUGGCAGUUGGAAAAGUGAUGGAGAAUAAGUGGAACCUCGAGGACAGAAAUACAAGAGUUCACCCCUGAAGAGAUGUCCUUAUAAUGUAAACAUUGUGAUAGGCUAAAACUGAAGUCAUCUGGAAGAACAAAUAGGACCCAUCAUGGCUUUCCCAGGCCAUAUCCAAAAGACCAACAAAAGGACUUUUCCAGUGGAAUCGCUUCUAAUGCCACAAAUUCCACGUGGCAAUUACUUUCAUCUUCAGGAAGAGAAGCAAAGACUACAGCUAAAGAAAUUCCUUCUUCAUAGGAUGUUUCUAGUGGCCACAAUAACACCGAAUACAGAAAAAAAAGAUAUUUCUGACUAUUAUGAGCAAGUGUUUCAGUCAAUUUUAAAACAUCACCUAGGAGAAGCAGUGACAGGGUUUUUGCUCGUAUAUCCUACUUCUAUUCUGCAUAUCCUUGAGACCUCCAGUGGUACCCUUUACCGAAUUCUUUUGGAUUAUCUUAACCAUAAACAGAAUGAAACAGAAUUUUUUAUCCAACGAAUGAAAAUUAUAGUUGCAUCCCAUAACAUCCCAACAAGACUUUUCAUGCAAUGGCAUGUUUCAGUAAUGAAAGUUCCAGUCAUGUAUCUUGAUGAUGUGACACAGACACAGUCCCUAGAGGAGGUCAUCACAGAGUUUCUCACUCAGACUCAUAAACUGGCACUCCACCUUUUAAAGACUGUUAAAGUGGGUGCUAAAGGACCAGGGGAUAACUUGCACCAAAUUGCACCUGAACUGCUCAUCCCUGAACAAAUAAUAAAGUACUUGUGCAAAUCUGAACAAUUCAUGGAUCCAGAAACUUUCACAGACAUGUAUAAUAAGCCCAUACAUGUCACUUUGGAUUCUGAUGUGAUAUGGCCUGCUCCCACCUAUUUCUAGGAUUGAGAGAGAUGUGGUCGAUGUGGUCCAAUCUCUCAAGGAAUUGAUGCUACUUAAAGAAAAGGAAAGUAUUUCUAAAGCUACUUCUCUCUUUCAAAAAGAAAGGACCAGAACACCACAAUAGACACGAAGCAACAAUUCUUGAGCACAUACUCUGUUCCAGCCAAAAUCAAAAUGACAAAAUGAAAAGAACAUUGAGGAUGGAAAGCAGUAUGCUAUUUUUUUCAUAUCAAGUCUCCAAAAGAAGAGAGAUGCAACACAGAAGACAUUUGCAUGUGUUCACUUUGAAGAUAGGAGCUGAAUUUCACUCCAGGAUUUCCAGUUUCCUGAUCUGUGGAGACUGUUUGGGGAGGCCGAGAUUUGGGAUUUGCGUGGGACGUCCGAGCGCCCACGGCCCUCCCCGUCAGCCCUCGGUGGGGCUUCUUAACCGACGUCGGAUCCUUUACUGUGAAUAGAGCCACCCGGGAGCGAGCUGCGCUGGGAACCAAUGACGCGCGCACGAACGCGUCCUGGAAAGAGGAGGAACUAGGAGGCCAGGUCUGUGCCCUGUGCAGGGGGAAGAGGAAGGGUGACCUCCUUCCCCUCUCGCCCGGGGGGACUGGACUUAAUGCAAGGUUAAAGCUAAGGCUCCCCGUGCCCUCCCCAGUUUUCUCCUCUUCUGUCUCCCACAUGCUCCACUGGCUUCCUGGAUGACCCUGGGGACCUUUCACAAAUGACAGAAACAGGUCAAAGAAAACAGAUAAUUUAGUUUUUCCUAUUCAGGCAACUCCUAAAACUCUCAAGAAAAAAAAAAAUGCCAUUAAUAUCAUUUUUGUGACCACCCCAUGAAGACCUGACUUUUUUGUUUACAUGAUUACAAUAGUUUAUAUCCUUAAUGUUUUAUUAAAUACGUGGAUGUGUUUCUCACCUUGAAGGUUUCAGAUAGUCUUUCUAGAAGUGUUAAUGUGAGGCAAAAUGCCAAUUCCUUGCAAACUCUGAAUUGAAAAUUAACUCAGGCUGACACGGCGCAAGACAAAUCUUGUAGAACUGUUUAUUUUGUGAUUAUCUUGUUGGUAAGAACUUCUGAAAUAAAAAAUGGUAGAGCAGUAGCAAUAGAUACAACA